UAUAAGACACACCCACACCCACACCUACACCUACACAGGACCAUCAUCUUACUACCUCGACUCUAUCAUGGUACUACUACUACCUGCUCGACCCCCAACGUCAAAGUUUACUGCACCAUGCCACAGACCACCCAAGCCGUUCUCCGAUUCGGAGACGAGUACCAAGCCUACCUCGACAAGGAGUACCCCUUGACGGACCGUCCAGGUUUCGCCGUGUCUACCGUUCGGCCUUCUCAAGUCUUGCAAUUUCCAGGGGUCACUUUCGAGUCCACCAUGAUGGUCCGUAGGCUUAUGGAGGAGAACGAUCGGAGGUUCAAUAUAUUCGGUCGACCUUCUUUUGCUCACAAUCACUUGCCUCAUCACAUCCUGACCUCAUACUCCCUCGGAGCGUCGCCCAAGCAUUUACAGGCCACUUUCGAGGCCAAUGUCAAGGCCAUGGCUCCUUUGCCCGCUCCGAACAUGGAGGGCGACGAGUCUGACCAAAAGGGCAAGGAGACCAAGGAGUCUGCCGUUGGGAGCGAUGCGAAAGAGCUUAUCAUCAAUCAAGAUAAUUGGCAUGACACAAAGCUUUUGGGCGUCAAAGAUCACUAUCCAGCCUACCUUCUUUUCUUCCAUAAAGAGAUCGAGCGUAUCGGUGGGAUGGAGACGUUGGAAAAGUAUUUCUUCUCCUCGGCUGCCAAUUCGGGCGGUAAACAGAACAAGAAAGGACCCCGCAUGUUCACCCGCCUAUUCUCGGGAGCGUUCCAUCCGUGGAUUCACCUCGGGUUCGCCUUGGAAUUCCGGGACCAGGUGACCCUCGCCGAAGCGUUCGCACAAGCUGCCAUCCAUGCGGGCGAGGAGCUCGGCUGUGCGUUUCCUGACAACUGGCCGACGGUGCCUUCGGCCAAAAGUCAUGCAAGGAGGAGGUCGUCCCAGACUAUCGAUACCGAUGCGUCCUUCAUCGAUCCGAGGAGGACUCAGGUGUCGGCUUCGAACAUGACGGGAAUGAUGGGCAACUUGCAUUCGAACACGACCCCCUUGACAUUUUCGACCUCGGUUACCACUGGAUACCGUAACCUCGCUCACGUCUCGCUUUUGGAGAUCUACGCCGAGCUUUGUGAAUCCAAAGACAUUGAGAUUCCAGCUUACGAUCCGGACAUGUCCAUCAACGAACGUCUAGCCGCCGUCGUGAAAGGAGACCAAGGCGAAAAGAUCCGGAAAAUCGCCGACAAGUGGGGUCUGACCGAGGGCGAGUUGGUCAAGGCGGGCGAAGCGGACGGGUGGGCGAGGAGGGUAGAAGAGCUGCACAUUUUGUGUACCUUGUUGGCUGUCGGUACAGGAAGGGCGGGCAAAGAGACCAGGGUAGACUUCUUCCUGAUGCACUGCUUGACAUCGUCGAUCUUCUUGUCCUCGGUGCUCGUCCAUCUCACCCCACCUCACCGACUGGUCAUCCUCAAGUCAUACCUUACGGUCGUACUCGUUACCGCCCUGUCUCGAGGUAGACCACGGAUCGACCCCGAGAUUGUCCUAGCGCAUACGGCUUUCCCGUCUCCACGAAAGGUCGCCAAAAGCAAUGACGCACCUGGAAAAGACGUCGAGGGGUUGGAUGAAGAGACCGAGACAAUCGGCAAGUUGGAGGACAGCACGUAUGGCAAUUUCUGGACUGGGGUGGUCGAUAAUGCACUGCAUGCACAUGGUAUGUCGCAUGGUCGCAAACGGAUAGCAGGUUGAUCGCUCGUAUUUCAUCACGUUCUGCCCUUUCAGAUUCGCACAUCAUCAAGUCGGUCAGAUCGCUUCUGCUCUACUCUCGCCUCUACGGCCAUCUACCUCCAGGAGGUCUGCUUGGGAGCUACAAGGGCAAUUCCAAAGAAGAGACCCUUUCCGGUAUUUCCAAGCUCGGAGGAGACAUCUUUGCCCGUGCAGUGUCCGUCAUCUUCGAACAGACUGGUUGGGCUCAGGAUCGGGCUCAGAGCGGGGACGAGGACUUCUGGGAUUUCAGUGCGUUGGGGUAUGACGAAGCAUGGAAAGAGCCGAAAAAGAAGGAAGACAAGAAGUGAAGGCUCAAUCGGGAUCACACACAUCGCUCGUGUACAAUACACAAACAUCUCGCAAUCUGUAUGUACAUCGGUUACUUUUGUCAAACAAGUGUAUGAAAAAA